GCUUACAGUCCCUUUAAACUGAAAAAAUUAUUUGUUUAAAGAAUGAAAAUCUUCGUUGUUUUUCUUCUUGCAUCGGCCUCAGCAAACCCUCAGUUCCUGAAAGGAGCCAAGGAGACGUAUGAGAGUGUAAAGGCAAGGCUUCAAUGUGCUGAAAUGCCAAAUGAUGGAACUUGUGCCAUUCUCUUCGACGAUGAUGAUUGUACUGGUUGGCAGUUAAAAGUAAAAGAGGGAUACACUGAAUUACCUGAGGCCGGCGGUUUGAAAAAACUUUUCAUUGACGACGCCAAGGAAGAUGAUGCUGAGGCUGUUCUUGUGAGAAAAGGAUGUGUUCUUGUAGGAUAUGAUCAUAAGAAAGGUCACAGCAAAGGUCUGGGAGAUGCUGUUGUUAUUGCUGCUGUAGAUGCUCACAAAUACCAGGACUUAUCUGACGAUGGAUUCGAUGAUCUUGACGAAGAGAUCAGCGCUGUCGACUGUGUUUGCUCUGGGUUCGCCUUUAGUGAGUCUGGGUCAACAGGACCUAAUAAGAACUGAGAGUGACGGAGAUAACAGAGGCCCCAUGCAGAAGAUCGAGACUUUUUGCUUUUAUUUUAAAUUUUGAAUAUAUGAAAAUAAUAAAUUAGACUCAAGCAUG